GCCCCCGCGAGCCUUUGGCUGCCCUCGGCACCUUGGCCUUCAGCCAGGAGUGAACCGGUAGGCGGGCUCUUCCGCCGGGGCGUGGGGUUAAGGGUUACACAAGAUGGCGGCGCCCAGGAGCCGCUGAGGCGUGAAGCUGAGGAUGGCACUGGCGGCGCUGGCGGCGGGGGCUCGGCUGGGGCGCCGUCUGAGCGGGCGGGGGCCAGGGCGAGGGCACUGGACGGCGGCCGGGCGCUCCCGGAGCCGGCGCGAGGCGGCGGAGGCCGAGGCGGACGCGCCCGUGUUCCAGUACGUAGGCGAGCGCGCGGCCCGCGUCGACCGCAUCUUCGUGUGGGGAUUCAGCUUUUCGGGAGCGCUGGGCGUGCCCACCUUCGUGCUUCCCGGCUCCGAGCCCCAGCCCCGCGCUGGAGCGCGGCCGCGCCGCCGGAUCCAGCCUGUGCCCUACCGCUUGGACCUGGACCAGAAGAUUUCAUCGGCUGCUUGUGGCUAUGGGUUCACGUUGCUGUCCUCUAAAACCAAGGAUGUUACGAAAGUUUGGGGUAUGGGACUCAACAAAGAUUCUCAGCUUGGAUUUCACAGGAGCCGGAAAGAUAAAACAAGGGGAUACGAGUAUGUUUUGGAGCCCUCACCAGUUCCACUGCCUCUGGACAGACCUCAGGAGACACGGGUGCUACAGGUCUCCUGCGGCAGAGCCCACUCCCUUGUCCUCACAGAUGGCGAAGGAGUCUUCAGCAUGGGAAACAAUUCUUAUGGGCAGUGUGGAAGAAAGGUGGUUGAAAAUGAAAUUUACAGUGAAAGUCACAAAGUCCAUAGAAUGCAGGACUUCGAUGGACAGGUGGUUCAGGUUGCCUGUGGUCAGGACCAUAGCCUGUUCCUAACGGAUAAAGGAGAAGUCUAUUCUUGUGGAUGGGGUGCGGAUGGGCAAACAGGUCUGGGCCACUACAAUAUCACCAGUGUCCCCUCCAAGCUGGCUGGAGACCUCGCCGGAGUGAAUGUUGUCCAGGUUGCCACCUACGGUGAUUGUUGCCUGGCUGUGUCUGCUGAUGGAGGCCUCUUUGGUUGGGGCAACUCUGAGUACCUGCAGCUGGCCUCUGUCACUGACUCCACACAGGUGAACGUCCCCCGGUGCUUACCCUUUCCUGGAGUGGGCAAGGUGAAGCAGGCUGCGUGUGGUGGGACCGGCUGUGCUGUGUUAAAUGGGGAAGGACAUGUUUCUGUCUGGGGCUAUGGAAUUCUUGGGAAAGGACCAAACCUAGUGGAAACUGCUCUUCCAGAAAUGAUUCCACCCACUCUCUUUGGCUUGACGGAGUUCAACCCAGAAGUCCAGGUUUCCCGCAUUCGAUGUGGACUCAGCCACUUUGCUGCCCUUACCAACAAAGGAGAGCUGUUUGUGUGGGGCAAGAAUAUCCGAGGGUGCCUGGGAAUCGGCCGCCUGGAAGACCAGUACUUCCCAUGGAGGGAGAGGCUCCGGAGAGGACCUGACAGGACGGUGCUGAGGUCCAGUGGCCUGGCCCUUCCCGCUCUGCGCAAGCCCGAAGACGCGAGGCUGAGGCGCCAGGACAGUGGUGGCAGGAACCAGGUUUUGGAUCAACGAGGCUGAUUCCUUAAAGAUUCGAGUACUCUGUUGUUGGGUAGUUGGAUCUUAUUCUGUUCUGUUGUACUCAUUUAAAAAAACUACAGGUGAUUUUUAUUCUUUAAAAAGACUGCAUUUUGUUACUAAUUUUCAGUUGGAGAUGUAUUACAUCAUUUAAAAAGUAUUCCAAGAAAGAAAGAAAAGUCAAGUCUUCUGUGUAGCUCCUAAUGAUGAUACUAACUAGUUAUUCUUAGACUCACAGAACCUGGGCUUUUCUGGCAGUAUGGAGGCCCAGGUUGUGACAUCUUAGCCACCUGAUUUAUUUAAACCUCUUCUUCCAGAAGCUUUCCAGGAUUCUUCCUGCCACCCAUUGACACUCAGAGCUCAGAGAGGUUCAGCGAUUUCUUCAAGGUCACACAUGUAGUAAGCAGAGCCAUGAUUUGGAUUCAGAUAUGUGACUGUGAGACAUAGUCUCCUCACCGUAGUCCCGUCCUCUGCGAGGGCCUGAGCUGGAGAUGCCAGGUCCCUGGCCGUGCAGGUGUCGUCAGGUCCUUACAGGACCCGCUGACCUAAAUGGUAUAGGAACAGGUAUAAGAACAGUGGGCACUGCAGGUAUAGGAACAGGCUGCCAGGGGAAGCUUUGGCGUGGCCUCCACCUUUCACCUCUGGGAAAUGCCCUCAUUCUCCCCAGACAGACGUGACCGCCUUUCUGAGGGGGCGGCAGUGCUGUCAGUGUGCUGGGCGCCCGUAUUCCUUCUCUCGUAUCCUUAGAACAGCCUGUGAAGGUGGGGCCUCUCCCCACAGUGUGCACCUGUGGACCCUGACUUCAGGAGUUGAAGGGGCUGGCCCCAUCUCAUAGCCACUCUGGGUGGGGCUGCAAUGUGAACUUGGGACUCUGCCUGCAGGCUGUGCUGCCCCCGCGCCCGCCGUGAGCCCCUCUGGUCAGGAGCACAAGCUGGGAAACCCUCUGACUGCCAGGCCGCUUUCUUAUAUGGCCGCCUCAGUGGACACAGGGAGGUGCACUAUGGGAGUGGGGUGCCUUGGGGCAGUGCCUCGUUGCAGGCUGAGCUCUCUCCCUUUCUCAGCCUGGUCACAUGGUGCCAGGAAGGAAAUUUCAGAUGUGUCCAAGUGGGCGAGUCUGCUGGGCCGGGUCACAGCCUUCCUCUGCCUUUCACAUGGUGGGUGCUUGUUUUAGGAACAUAGAAUCAUGGAGAGAGAUGUUCCUACACUGAUUCUGCUCAAACUUCCAAGUUCCUCAGGCUAAAUAUGCUUCUGGUUUUUAGAACUGGUUCCCUUUGCAAUAAUGUUGUGAGUGUAAAUUGGUUUAGAAUAGAAACUCCUUUUAACCUUGACGAGGACAAAAAUAAAACAUGGCUGAGGGCAGUCGUCUUUUGGACUCCGUUCAGAGAUGUGAGGCUGCGAGCAAGCGCUCGCCACGGGGAGCCGCCUGCUGCUCCCAAGAGGGCGAUGGGGGCCAGGCCCGCACGCCCCAGGCCAGCCUCAGCCAAGACCAUCAUCCUGGUGAGUAAACCAAGGCCAAGUGGUUUACUCCGCUUUGGGCACUAGUGGCCAGAGCACCUGGGGAACUGAUCAGCUCGGCUGCAGAUUGGUAUGUGGAGUGGCCGUCUCCCUGGGAAUGGUCAGUAAUGUGCGCUAAUGGCCUGGGGAGGUUGCCCAGUCAUCACAGAAGCAGCAUGUUUCCCGCUGCUUCCCUGGCCAGCCCGGACCGCUCUCUGCACCUGCUAGCCUUUGCGAUGAGCUGGGGGCACUGCUGCCUGUUUAUUCAGUGAUUUCUCUAAUAGGCUUACUAAAGACGUUUGUUUAGGGAGGGGAGUAGGGAGCACGACUUGGUUACCAGUGCCCAUGUGCUCGUGGCCAGAGUCCCUAACGGACUUGUCUCCCACCCGAUGCAGGCACCGCGCUCCAGGGCCUCUAGGCCAGGCCAUCUGGGUUAGGCCUCUUCCUCCCUUAAGCUCGGUAAACUCCGCAGGCUGCCACACACCCCCUCUCUAGCUGUCACCACCCAGCUCAGUGCCA